UCGUACGGCAAUCAUGCUUCUAAAAGACAAAUUGUACGGCAUACGGCAGAGUGGUCAUUGCCGUAUUCUAAAAUACGGCAACAAGAGCAUAAAGCUAAAAAAACAAUUAAUGUAUCUAAAGUGAUUACAGAACGUGAAUACUUUUUGCGUAAACAUAAGCGCAUCCAACUCUUGUAAUAGACAAUGUUUUAUGUUUGGUACGGGGAAUUCCCUACAACCUACAACGCCUGCUCUUCGAGUCGUCUCCUCAAGUCGCCUCGCCGCCUCGCUCUUGUGUCAUUGUUUGUACUAGCAAGUGUAGCUUCAUUUUGACAUUUGAAAAAGUGCAGUGUAGUGAUACAUGAGUUAAUGUAUAAAAUGUGUAUAAAAAGAAUCUUCAGUGCAGUAAAUCUAAUCAAAACAAAACAAAGAAACCGCCUCUUAACAUCUACCAUAAAUGGAACAAUAUUAGCAAAUAGUACUGUACGAGCUUUAAGCCAACCCCCGAAAUGAUCAAUAAAUGAAAAAAAACCCAUCAAAUUACGGAAAAGAUCAGAUUAUUGAAACUGAACUUACUUUAGGCAAUAAUACAGAUUUGAUGAGAAGAGAGGAGUGAAAAAUAUGUAUUAUUUUAAUUUCAUCCUAGAAAUAAAUAAUAAUAAACUUUGAAUUACUUUGUACGGCAAUUUUUGUUUAAAUACGGUAGAUUUUUUUCUCCAGUACGGCAACCCAAUGUUGGCCCAGCGGCAACACUGAUGGGUAUAGCUCUAAGGUGUAAGUUUGUAAAAUGUGAAUAGCCGAAUUAAAAUAUUUUGAAAAUGAGUAAAUCGAAAGUAUCAGCUGAAUGGAAGAAGAGAGUUAAGUCAGAGUACAUGCGGCUUCGACAAGUAAAGCGUUUCAAACGCGCUGAUGAAGUGAAAGUAGCAUGGGCGCGCAAUUUGCAAAUAAUGUCCGAAGCUAUAGAGAUGCCUGAGGCGGAAACUACGGAUCGUACUAAACGGCCCUUCUGGCCCCCGCCGGCGCCUACAUCGAGCCAUGAGAGCCUUAUGAAGAGGGCCGAAGUUACCUAUACAGACGGUUCAGGUGUAGUGACAACCCAACAGGUACCAAUAAGAAUAAUCAACUCUGUGAAUCCAAUUCCGACGAUGUAUACAUGGGCUCCAACACAGAAAAAUUUUAUGGUAGAAGAUGAGACUGUUCUGCACAACAUUCCAUACAUGGGAGACGAGGUCCUGGAUCAGGAUGGUACAUUCAUCGAGGAGCUAAUAAAGAACUACGACGGGAAAGUGCAUGGUGAUAAAGAGGGGGGCUUCAUAGAUGACCAGCUAUUUGUUGAUCUGGUGCAUGCAUUGAUGACUUACCAGACUAAAGAUGAUGUCAAUGAAGAGAAACGAGAAAGAGAGUCAAGAAAUUCUAAAGAAGAUGUAGAGAAAGAAAGCAGCAAAGACAAAGAUGACAAAAGCAAAGAAGAUCUCCCAGAGGAAAAGAAGACAGCAGUUGAGAAACAGUUUCCGAUUUUCACCAUAUUCCAGGCGAUCAGCUUGCAGUUUCCUGACAAAGGAACAGCUCAGGAGUUAAGAGAGAAGUACCAGUCGCUGACCAUGUCGGGCGACCCGCUGUGUCCGCCGCCCGAGUGCACGCCCAACGUGGACGGGCCGCUCGCCGAGCCCGUGCCGCGCGACCAGACCAUGCACUCCUUCCACGCGCUCUUCUGUCGACGCUGCUUCAAGUACGACUGCUUCCUGCACCGACUACAAGCGUGCCACCCGCGGCCCAACCUGUCGAAGCGCAAGGGACCCGACCUCAAGCCCUUCUCCGAGCCGUGCGGGCCCAACUGCUACAUGCUGCUGGACGGGAUGCGCGAGCGGCUGGCGCGCGAGCAGGCGGCCGGCGGACACGACUCGCCCAACGACGCCUCCUCCGAGGACAGCAACGACAGCAACCGCUUCCACAAGGGCAGCCACAGCAACUCCGGCGGCGGCGCGUGGGGCGCGGGCGGACACAAGCAGCACGCGGAGUCGCCGGCCGAGCCCGCCUACAGCGCGCUGGGGCUGUCGCUGGGCGCGGCGGAGUGGACGGGGUCGGACGUGUCGCUGCACCGCGCGCUGCACAAGGUGUUCCCGCACAACUACUGCGCGCAGGCCCAGCUCAUGCUGUCCAAGACGUGCCAGCAGGUGUGGUGGCGGCGGCAGCGCGGCGGCGGCCAGGAGCCGGGCGCGGCCGUGGACCUCACGCCGCCGCGCAAGAAGAAGAAGAAGCACCGGCUGUGGUCCGUGCACUGCCGCAAGAUACAACUCAAGAAGGACUCCGCCUCGCACCACGUGUACAACUACACGCCGUGCGACCACCCCAGCCAGCCGUGCGACAGCCUGUGCCCGUGCCUGCAGUCGCAGAACUUCUGCGAGAAGUUCUGUCAGUGCAGCAGCGACUGUCAGAACCGGUUCCCGGGGUGCCGCUGCAAGGCGCAGUGCAACACGAAGCAGUGCCCGUGCUACCUCGGCGUGCGCGAGUGCGACCCCGACCUCUGCACCGCGUGCGGCGCCGACGCCUCCCCGCUGCACGCCGCGCCCGUCUACUGCAAGAACGUGUCCGUGCAGAGAGGCCUGCACAAACACCUGCUGCUGGCUCCCAGCGACGUGGCGGGCUGGGGGAUCUUCCUCAAGGAAGCCGCGCACAAGAACGAGUUCAUCUCCGAGUACUGCGGGGAGAUCAUAUCGCAGGACGAAGCCGACCGCCGCGGGAAGGUCUACGACAAGUACAUGUGCUCCUUCCUCUUCAACCUCAACAACGAUUUUGUCGUGGAUGCGACACGUAAAGGUAACAAGAUUCGUUUCGCGAACCACUCGAUCAACCCGAACUGUUACGCGAAGGUCAUGAUGGUGAAUGGUGACCAUCGCAUUGGUAUCUUCGCUAAACGGGCGAUCCAGCCUGGAGAAGAACUGUUCUUUGAUUAUAGAUAUGGACCUACUGAGCAAUUGAAAUUCGUAGGAAUCGAGAGAGAGAUGGAGUUCUUAUGAGAACAGUCCAAAUAGCAGUCGCUCCAAGACUGCAGGACACUGAGAAAGUCAGUGUGAACUCUACUCACAGUUUCAUUAGAAUGUUAUCUAUGUGAAAUUUGACAUCUGAAGAUAAGUGAACAUGACAAGUGACAUGUGGCAUCUCAUAAUGUAACAUUAAUAUUAAAACUCACGGUUUCUUGUACACCUGCCUGUGAGAGGUCACAGGUUUGAAUUCUUCGCAUGUCUUUUGUUUUUUUUGUAAAUGUAAAGUAAGGUAUGUCUUCUCAGUCGGCACACAUUAUAGAUGAAUUGGGAAGAGCAUUAGACACGUCAUGUUUAAAUUAAAUACCUGGCUAAUUAAUAAUGAAAUAAUUUUAUUGCAUGAGAUGUGGUAAAACCCGUUUCUCUCUUCUUCUUUAAUAAAUAUGUAAUAAAACCAAA